UCGCGAAGCCCUAAUCCGGCCACGACACGACAAAUAGAGGCGGCCGCCCACCUCCGCCCCGCUCUCGGCGUCUUCUUCCGUUAUCCGGCGGCGGCACUCCACGAAUCGGCCCCAAGGAAGGCGUUUCCAUGGCGAGCAACCCGUCGCAACUGCUCCCUUCAGAACUCAUCGAUAGGUGUAUCGGGUCGAAGAUUUGGGUGAUCAUGAAGGGAGACAAGGAGCUCGUCGGAACCCUCAGAGGAUUCGAUGUCUACGUCAACAUGGUCCUCGAAGAUGUCACUGAAUAUGAAAUCACAUCCGAGGGGCGCAGGAUAACAAAGCUUGACCAGAUAUUGCUAAAUGGAAACAACAUUGCCAUUCUGGUACCUGGUGGUUCUCCCGAUCCAGAAUAAUACUACCAACUUCAUGUUUGCUGAAUCAUCCCGGGUGGUAGGAUAGAAUAUUACUUGAAUAUCUUGUAGUUUACAGUAUAGUGCUCUGAUAUUUUGUGGUCUUCGUUCAAGUCAUACUGCUAUCUACUUGCUCAGUGCGUUUGUUGAUUGUGUGUGUGACGAUAGAGCAUUUUAUUUUGCCAACGGAAUGAUGACGUGAAUAGAGUGUCCACUUUGAAUGGAAUAAAUCGUUGUAAUCCUUAAAUGGGGCAUGAAGAUACUUUGACCAAUUUGAUUCGAUAA